AUGGUAGGCACCGUAUGGGCCUGUCUCCUCGACGUGUUCCUGUUCUGGCAGCUGAAACUCUCGUCAUGGUGGUCCCAGAAGAAUCCGCGCGACGUCCUCUUUGAAGCGCUCGCCGCCUCGAAUCUCUACGAGGAGUACGAGGCCGCAGCGUUCCAGCUCGACGAGGUCCUCGGCUACGACCUCUGGCGCCAGAAUCCGACCUCCAAGUACUACGACUACCGCCUUAUAUACCAGCGGCUGCAGGCCAUCAUCACCGCUCGCGAGGAUGAUGAUAUCCUGGGGCUUGUGUCGCUGCUGCGCAGCGGCCUGGUGCGGAAUCUGGGAAAUAUAACGGCCUCGCGGCUGUUCAACAGAGCAUAUGCGGGCACGAAGCUGCUGAUCGAGGACUACAUCACGCAAGUCGCGCUCGCAGUGGACUAUGUUACGAGCUAUCCGGUGACCGCAGACUCUGGCCUCACGACCCAGAAUAAGCUGGAUGUACUGCACGACACGCGCCAGGCUUUCGGACGCUCAGUCCUGGUGCUCCAGGGCGGCGCCAUCUUCGGUCUCUGCCACCUGGGCGUUGUGAAAGCACUCCAUCUGCGGGGCCUCCUACCUCGUAUCGUCUCUGGGACUGCAACCGGCGCGUUGAUCGCAGCCCUCGUCGGCGUCCACACCGAGGAUGAGCUGCUCGACUUUCUCAAAGGUGAGAGCAUCGAUCUCUCAGCCUUCACCAAGAAAGUCGAGGCAUCGAGCCAGAGUACCUGGUACCAGACCCUCAUGCGGCGCAUCCGGCGCUUUAUCCGUGACGGCUACUUCCUCGACGUCACCGUCCUAGAGCAAGUCGUCCGCGCCAACGUCUCCGACCUCACCUUCGAAGAAGCCUACCUCAAGACCAAGCGCGUCCUCAAUAUCACCGUCUCUACCACAGGCGGCGGCGGCGUCCCCGAUCUCCUGAACUACCUUACGGCGCCCAACGUGCUCAUCUGGUCCGCAGCCCUCGCCUCCAAUGCCUCCUCCUCUCCCCUCUACAAGCACGUCACGCUCCUCAGCAAAGACGACGCCGGCACCAUCGCGCCCUGGUCGCCCAGCCUCGCCACGCAGUUCCGCCCCUGGACCCACGCCGCCUACGCCACCAACGCCCGCGAGUCCCCCCUCCACCGCAUCGCAGAGCUCUUCAACGUAAACCACUUCAUCGUCUCCCAGGCCCGGCCCUAUCUCGCCCCCUUCCUGCGCUCGGACCUGCACCACCCGAACCCCCGCCAGGAUGGGAGGCGCUACCAGCUCAGCAUGCCCGUCCUGCGCCUCGUCGUCAUGGAGAUCCAGCACCGCCUCGCCCAGCUCAACGAGCUCGGCGUCCUACCACACAGCAUACGCCGCUUCCUGCUCGACGAGAAUAUUCCCGGCCCCAGUCUGACGCUGGUCCCGGAGCUCACGCCGGGCGACUUUUUCAGGCUGCUGGAGAACCCGACGAAGGAGGCAUUGGACUAUUGGAUACGGAGGGGUGAAAAGAGCGUGUGGCCUGCGGUCGGCGCGCUCAAGGUGCGUUGUGCGGUCGAGGUCGAGCUCGACAGGGGGUACCAGCUUGUGCGGCGGCGGCGGAAGACGGGGCGGCAGGGCGAGUGGAACAGUCCCACCGAGGGCGGGUCUAGUGUGCUGGUGGGCGGGGAGAGAUUGAGGAAGAGCGGGAGUAGGGGGGAGGUGGUUGAGAGUGAGAGGAGGAGGAGGAGGGCGGCCAGUUUCGGGGAGGAGUUGGGGAGGUGA